AUGGAAAAGUCAUUGAAGCAGAAGAAGAAGAAGGCUAAAAAGCCCACUGUGGACGAACCGACCCGGCCGCUGAAGAAGACGAAGAAGAAGGUGGAAGAGGGUAGAGGUCCUUCAGAUGCGGAGGCCCCAGCGAAGAUUAAGAAGGCUCCGAAGCGAAAAGCAGGAGACAUUGAUACGCCAGACUCUGCAGAGGCCUCCAAAACGAAGGCUUCUUGGAGCAAGAAGAAGCAAAAGAAUGCAGGCGGUGACAGCGAGACAGUGCCUGCGGAUAGCAAACCUGCAGGAAGUAACUCAACAGUGUUCGUGGACGGAGUGCCGUAUGACUGGUCCAAAGAGCAACUCUCCGAGUUCUUUCGCAAGAAGUGCGGUGAGGUGACCGAAGUCCGGGCACCCACUUGGCAAGACUCUGGGCGUCUGCGCGGCUAUGCUCACGUGGUGCUGGGCAGCGAAGGGAGCAAAGCCAAAGCCCUGGCGCUGAACGGAACCAAGGUGGGCAAGAAGGGCCGCUACCUGAAGAUCGAGCCUGCAAAGGAACCAGGCGAAGGCAAGUCUGUCGCCGGAGCGCCCGGUGACCUGGAGGGCAAGCGCCGGCUCUUUGUGAAGAACCUUCCGUACAGUGCGACAGAAGACGACAUUGCAAAGCUUUUCGUCAAGUGCGGCAAGGUGGUUGAAAUACGAAUUCCACAUCAAGCCGGAAGGUCCAAGGGCUUUGCUUAUGUGGAGUUUGCCAAAGCCAAGGGCCUUCUGGCUGCUGUACAGCUAGACCCUGCCCCGACGUUACAGGGGCGCAAGUUGUUGCUGGAUGCAGAUUCCGGAAGUGGGCCCAAAGCUGGUUUCCAUCAUCGGGCCGAGGCGUUCCACUCAAAGUUUGGCCCGGCGAAGCUUGCAGGACAGACAGCAAAACAG